GGGUAGGUUUGGAUUCUGCUUUGUGGCCUUGCUAGCCGCCUCCCACCCUCCCCACAAAAAGUACAAUAGCCAUCGUCUGAAGGCCGUAGUCCCAGUAAAGGAGAAAGUGGGUCAGUAUGUGCCAUCAUCUAUUAUUCGACACGUUUUAACGGAGGUCAGCGUACAGAAACUAGGUCAGUUGGGAUGCUGUGCCCGAUAGUACACGUGACAUGUGAUCUGGAAUAGAGACGUUAAUUAAGAGGGGGCGAUCCGGUUCGGGAUAAUGAAGGUGCAACAGAUUUUUCAGGUACAUAGAUUUUUUCAAGACAGAAACGAAAAGAACAACAAGCCCAGAAAGUUAAAUCCUUAUAAGUCCCAACUGUGGCUGAGGCUACCAUGAUAGGACUCAGUCGGACAAGUCACAACUGAAACUGCCAAUUGUUAUAAGGGUUUAACACCGGUCAUAGUGCUACCAUUAUCUCUGAGAUGGAAGGAUGCCUACUCGAAUAUUUUUCCCUUAAACGAUGCCCCAAGUUCCAUAUUUGCAGACUAAACCUAUACACGAGGGCCUGCAUGGGGGGUAGUGAUUACAAAUAUUACGCAAAAUUUUCGCCGCCGAUUGCGAAUUACGUUAAAGUCUCAGAGCUCAUGAUGGCGACUUUACGCUGUACUAUUACGAAUUACGUUGAUUUUUGGGGAGGCUGCCUACGGAUUACGAAGACUAAAAUGGCCUCAUUACGCCUUACGAAAAAGGGCAUGCAGGCUCCCUAUACAGGCAACGCACCCUCCCUUCAAAAUAUUACACGAUUCGCCCCUAUGGCAUUAUAGCUCUAAUGUUGGAAGUUCAAAGGGCAAUGUACGUAUAUACACGCAGUCGUCAGAGACGUUAUGGCCGUCAGAGUACAGCAAACAUCACGUAACGUCUGUUUCUAGCAGCCAAACGCUGUAACGUACACACUAUCAGAAGUGAUGAAGAGUAACGACGGAUUGCAGACUGGCGUCGACUGCUCCAGCUAAAACAAACAAACAAACAAACAAACAAACAAACAAGCAAACAAGGCGACAAACGAAUACAUCGUCAUCAGAACACGUUGAAGAGAGCUAGAGGGGACUGUACAAAAAUGCGAUGUUCGUCCACGCAUGUCUUUGACGAAUACUAAGACAAUAACCUCAAGAUAACUUACUUAAAGAAAAAAAAGCGGUGCAAUCAUUUACCAAAACUAUGCAACAACAACCGUAGGACAUCGCAGUCGACGCUCCGACAACCAUGGAGUCAGAAUCCACCUUUUGGGAGUUCAUGGAGAAAACAGGCAUGACUCUCGGCUUGUUGACAGUUGUGAACGUGGUCGUGGGCCAUCUAGUUCUCCUGGUGGGUCGGCCUUACUUGGGAUCCUACGCGGUGUCGGCAAACGGUCGUAGUCAGUGGUUCUUCGAGCUCACCAUUGUCGCGAGUCUGUCGGCAUCACAGUUGAACCUCCCGCUCAUUGUCCCCAAGAGUUGGUCGGUGACACUCUUGUUGACAGUCCUCUGCUUUGCCACAAGUUGGGCCGUGAGCGUUCUUUCUAUCUGCCAACUUAUCGGUAACAGUUUGUGGCGACCCAUUGCAGCUUUUACCGGCGCUGUAGACUUGCUGAUCUUACCGCUAGCGCUGGAACUGUUCAUAAUUCCGCCGUUCUUUCGCAGGCGAGGCGGUUGGAGUUGCCUCUACCUGGACCCAGUGCCGCUGUACGAGAUUGUAGCACCUUUGGUGUUUCUCUCCAAAUUCUUCACGUGGUACUUCUGGUCGAUAUGCACGUUCUGGAAGAGUUUGAACUACCUGAUACCUCUGGAAACUACCUUACAGGGGUACCUACCAGAACUGUUCUCAAUCGUAGCCUAUGUUAUAGAAACUGUAUGGGCACCCAUGAGAAGAAUUAUCGCAGUUAUCACACCGACUCAAUUCUGUACGUCAAUGCUACUAAUACCUCCUGUGCUAACUAACUUCGUUUGCCGCGUGGACACUCAAAGAAUCGCGUGGAAUCUGUGCCAGAAGUUGUUCCGUCGAGGGAAGAAGUUCAUACAGAGAAUGCCAACGAGAGAUCCAUUCAAUCUUCACUGUACAGUGGAUAGGGAAGUCUCUACCGCAGAAGGAAACUGCGUGGUGUGCCAUGAUGACCCUGUAGCGGUAACGCUGGUCCCGUGCGGGCACCGAUGCCUGUGUCGGGACUGCGGACUCAUACUGACCACGGGACGGCAGACCGUCACCUCACGGAAGUGUCCCUUGGACAGGGGACCUAUUACAUCGGUCGUCGACUCCCAUGACUUCAUUGUGUGGGAAGCUGCUAGUCAUUCUACCUGAGGAAAAAACUUACGGCGCCAUAACGGAUGAUUCCUCAACAAAGGAUAGGCUUGGUAACACUACCACUUAUACAGUGACUUUUGCGUGAAUUUGGAGCAACAAGAAAUGUCAAACUACUAGUAUGUGACAGAAUGAUAAAAACACGUGAAAACGAGAAUUUGGGGAAAAGUUGAAUCGUAA